GUGAGGAAACAUCCCGACUCCUCCGCGCACGGUGACAGCAGACAUGGCCGACAAGACGCCGACGGAGCCCGGGUCCAAGGCGCCGUUCGCCACCAGGAUCGACCCGAUCAAGGCGGGUCUGUCCCUGGAGCAGAUGCACUUCAUCAAGCAGGUGGAGAUGGAUCAGUGGAAGAAGAAGACCGUGAGGCUGCGGGGCCGGAACGCGGUGACGGGGCUCGCCAUCGGGGCGCUCGUCCUCGGCAUCUACGGCUACACGUUUUACUCCGUGUCCCAGGAGACGGUGGUGGAGGAGCUGGAUGAGGAGGCCCGACGUGCGAGAGCGCGGGGGACAAAGACUGAUGCCAACUGAAAAACACAAGCAGCCUGGUGUUGUUGGACCGCGUGUCCGUCCUGCACUUAACCGAGAAGGGACUUAUGGUGGACACUGAUGCCACUGAUUCAUAUUCCACUGCUGGCCGCUGUUUUGCUUUUUCUUCCCCCCCCCCAUGUUGAGACACCACUGUAGUGGACUUUGUCUUGAUUGUGAAGUUCCGCGUGUUAAUAUCAAUUAAACUUGGCUGUCAGCGAUGAGGACUAAAUCCCCGGACCGUAACCAGACCUCUUACCUGUUAGACAAAAAGUCCAGAUUGAGGAUUAAUUACAACCUGCCAGGUUUCCAGCCCUGGUGAUCAUAUGACAUGGAUACAGUUUAAGGGGCACAUACUUUACACCAGUCAGCAAAUGUUAACUUUAGAGCAGCUUUUAACAGCAAAGAAUGACCCAGCUGAAACAACACAUGGAUCCACUUGUUGAAUUGUAUUAUUUAUGUCAAAAAGAGUGAUUUGUUGAAUAAAAAUCUAUUGUAUUUGAA